UGCACUUCUGUUUGCCUAAUGGUCAUGGAGAAAAGAUUAGGAGUUACAUUGCAGUUCUAAGGGCUUUCAAAGAACAAUAAGUUGCUUUAUGUAUCACCGAUCCAAAAAAGAGUUUACGUCUUCCAUAAGGUGAAGAGAAAUUAAAGUACAAAUGCAAGCUAAGUUUGAGAAUAUACUGAGAAUGAUCAGUGUGGCAGGAGUAUGGUAACUGCCUAAUCAUGCUGACAGACAAUCCCCUCAGUAGACUGAUACUCUCUGGAACAAUGGAUUACAUGGGCAUCUGUGGUGUUCCGUUGGUGUCUGCAGCUGUGUAAAGUGGAUGCAGUGUCACAACUAUAGGUGUAAAUUGGAUAACACAAAUCCGUUGUGUGGUGGCACAAUUUUUUCCACAUUUUGUUCUAAAAGUAGGACAAAUGUUGUACUGUUACUCCAAUAUCAUAUAAAAGCUAUGUGAGGAGAUGUACCUCGCUUUAAAGCUAUGUGAGAUGUACCUCACUUUAAAGAGGACAGAGUUCAAAUAAUAGUUGGCACUAUUUGUUAUUGAAGCUUGCACAAACUGUAAGAAGAGGUUUCAUUGGGUUGGUUUCAGUCAUGUUGACCUUUGUAGCAUCAAACAAUGCGUACAUCAGGUAGCUUUUUAAGGGGCAGGCAAACUAGUGUCAGAACAUCUGAAAUGUGGUUUGAAUUGGCAAAAUUAGUUAUGCAACUUGUUCUUAGAACAAGUGUUAUUCUGCUUAUCUAUUAUCCUUCACAAGGUAGGUGAGGAGAUGUAAUUCACUUUAAAGAGAGUUCUUUUUGAGCAUUAAGAGGAUGCUUCCUCUUACAGUUAGUUAUGGAAUCAUCCAAAUAGCUGCAAUCCCAUUCAUCUUAACCUUUUUCGAAUUAAAAAAUUAUUUUAGUCCGAUCAUGCUGCAAAGAACUAACUUUUAGUGGAACUACGCUGCAAUACAUUUGGUUUCCUUAUGCUGCAGUUACUGUUCUUGUACUUUUCAACUAACGUUUUUUUCUCACUUUCAACAAUGGAUUGUUUCCACCACAUAUUGCAAUAACGCUGUGUUUGAUUCAAUUGCUUACUUAUCAGAUGUGCUCAGCUGUUUUUCUUGUGGGUUAAGUAGCACAGCUGAGUGCAGUUAGUAGAUUGGUAUAUUUUUCACCUGACCGAGUAAUUCGCUUGGAUGGUAUAGAUGGAUAUUGGUUUGAUUUCCAUAAUUCUUAAAUUGUUCACCGUCUUUAGUAGAUCCCAUAUUUCACCUCUUGAAGUUGUGUAGUGUUGAAGAAUUACAUGAAUCGGAUAUUAGAUUAUGUGUUGGCUGGUAUAGACAUUUCUUGUGGCACAGUGUCAAUGUGAAAAAUUUUCUGCUUCAACUGGAUGGCACCUCUUCAUUCAGAUUUGUUCUGCCCAACGAUGAUUUUUUUAGUUGCUAAAUUUUUAACUUGAUGGACAAACUGAUAUAACUAUUAUUGUGGUUGUCUCUGAUGCUUUUUUGAGCUUGCACUAGAGAGAGAGAGACUGACUAUGCGCGUGUGUGUGCAAACAGAAUAAAUCUGUGGAAAGACUCUUCAACUCAACUUAACUUGACAAAACCGUGUCCCAACAACUAUAUGCACAUAUGUAUUUAAUUUUAUAUAUACAUAUUUAUGUUAUUGAUAAAUGGGAUGCAUGUUAUUCCUUGUCAUGGUGGUAGGACUUUGUCAUCUAUAUGUUCAAAAAGACGUAAGAUGCGAGUGUUUUCAUCCUGUGUUUCAGAGUUACAUGUGAUGAUGACGAAGAACGAGCAAGUCGAAGAGUGUAUAGGGGCUGCUCCCGUUCUCCAACAUGCAGAGGUUGCACUUCCUGUGUGUGUUUUGGAUGCGAAAUCUGUCGUUUUACAGACUGCAGCUGCCAGACUUGCAUUGACUUCACAAGGAAUGCGAAAACUUGAAGUCCAAAACAAUUAUGGUAGUCCCAUAAUCUCCUAAUUUGUUUGGGUUCAUUCAUCCCGUGUUAUUUCAUUUGAACUGCAGAUCACAUUUACAAAAAGCUCAGUAACAUUGUCUUAGAUAUUCAGUCCCCUAAAUCACAGGAUCCUGUGUUCUUCUUGACUGGCUUAUAACUUGAUAAUGCAG